CAAACAUUGGCUCCAGCAGAUCCUGUACAAAACCCUAACGAUGAAUUCCAAACGUCAGCUCCAGCAGAUCCUGUACAAGACCCUAACGAUGAAUUCCAAACAUUGGCUCCAGCAGAACCUGUACAAGACCCAAACGAUGAAUUCCAAACAUUGGCUCCAGCAGAACCUGUACAAGACCCUAACGAUGAAUUCCAAACAUUAGCUCCAGCAGAACCUGUACAGAGCCCUACGAUAAAUUCCAAACAUCAGCUCCAGCAGAGCCUGUACAAGACCCUAACGACGAAUUCCAAACAUUAGCUCCAGCAGAACCUGUACAAAGCCCUACGAUGAAUUCCAAACUUCAGCUCCAGUAGAUCCUGUACGAGACCCUAACGAUGAAUUCCAAACAUUGGCUCCAGAAGAUCCUGUACAAAACCCUAACGAUGAAUUCCAAACAUUGGCUCCAGCAGAUCCUGUACAAAACCCUAACGAUGAAUUCCAAACGUCAGCUCCAGCAGAUCCUGUACAAGACCCUAACGAUGAAUUCCAAACAUUGGCUCCAGCAGAACCUGUACAAGACCCUAACGAUGAAUUCCAAACAUUGGCUCCAGCAGAACCUGUACAAGACCCUAACGAUGAAUUCCAAACAUUAG